CCAAAGCCUAGCUUGAGUGUUAGUGCCUGCCACAGAGGUCUUGGAAAACGGAAGUAUUGAUCGGAGAUAACAGACCGAAGAAAGCCAAUGGAAAGUUUUCUUUCUUACCAGUAUCGAUACCGCUCGGUACUACUUUGCUGUGUUACAUGGCGUGAACAGGAUAACUUUGCGGGAAUUGUCAUGUGUUUGCGACAUGAUGGAAGUAGAUCCUUCUCCCAACAAUACUAGACGCUGUGUGAUUUUAAAUCGUGGCAUUGCAUUCGUACAUCGGUUUUUGGAACCCCAAACGCUUUUUGUCGUAUCAAAGAAUAUUGUUUUCAUAGCAAGGUAGACUCUGAACUUAUUAAUGUGUUACAUACGAGGAAGCUUACAAAGCCUUACAAUGAAGGGUUAAAAAAAAUCUAGAGACAUUGCAUAAAUAUAGUUUAGAAAGACUUAAUGUAAAUAUUGUCCACUGAGCGAAAUAUUUAGUCAAUGAGAAGUGUAGUUGACAAGUAUAAUAUUAUUUCUAAAUCUUCCAAAUUGAUUAAUACCUUUCGAACGACGAAGAUUUAAAACGGCUAGAACAGAGAAUGGACAUUAUAAAGUGCAGUCUAAGGUUUUAAUUUAUUUUAUCUUACUUUAUUAUUAUUAUGUUUUUUUUUGGCACAAUUUUUGAAAAUUUGAUUCUAAAGAUUUUCGAUGACAUAAAGAAAGUGUGAAGAGUUUCCGUGGAACCCCGAUGUUUUGGCGUGACUGCGACAGAGUCAUGGACAUUAUUAAUUGGAAAUGACUUAACAGUUUGCGAUUCUGGAGAUAAAAUGCAAUACUUGAGCGACUAGUAACGAAUGUUAUUCGUAGUAUACAAGGGUGACUGAUGGGGUCUAUGUACAUGUGUCGAGAGUUACUGGCAGAUAAACUAUCGACCACUGCCUAUCGGGACUUCUGGACAUUUGAUGACCAGGCAACCGUCCAAGGAGACACGACCACACGGACAAGCAGACGAGAUGGUGUGACGUCACGAGGCAGAGACAGGGUGCUUCAGGAUAGUGUAAUCGUCUGCUGUUCUGCAGAGAACGCGGGACCGGAAGCAGGCUACUCCACGGAAACUCCGGACUCGGACGAUAGCAUGGUGGGACGAACAGCUUUUUCACGCCUAGAUCCGGCUACUUUGAAGUAUAUUGGAUGGGCACCUAGUGAUGUAGAAUCACGGGAUGAAACCAACGGUCUCCCGGAAUCUAUCAAGAACGAUAAAGAUAAUGAAAAUUUGUGCAGACUCUCGAAGGUGGAGUUUAAGAAGCUCACGGAACAGGUGCGGGAUGUCAGUAUGAAUCUUAGAAACAAAUUCAGGACCUCUGCAUAUCAGAUAUUUGAACUGCCUUACACGGUGACAAAAGUGAAGUUGUACCAGCAGCCCUCGCCUGUGGAGACAGGCGCUCAGAUCUACCGGUCGCAGCUGGCCGCCAGUCUCAAGGCAUUCAAGCCCAAGGACUGGCCACCCCUGGACUACCGCGAGAAAGAGACGUCAUUUCUUAGGUGUCGGCCGAUACAGCAACCACAGCCGGAGAGAGCCCCAACACCUCCGCCCUCCAAGUGUUAUGCACAGCGUAUUCGCAGACCUCGGUCCGUGCCCGCUAACGCUCGCCGCUGUGACACCCCGAGUGAUGUUAGACCCGGUCCAUUCGAUUCUUUAAACCCGCGUGUACUGUCCUCCUUAAUAGGCGACUCUUAUCAGCCACACACUUUCGGAGACCGAAUCCCUGGAACUGACAACGAAAAAGAGGAGGAAGAUGACGAUGAAAAGUUAAAAUCUGAGACAAACAAACGAAAUAAGGAAAAGGAUGAAGACAACAGCACCAGUGGAAUUGAAAGUAGUCAAACGGACGACGACAGUAGCGGAAGUAGCUCUGACGACGAGGAUAGCGAUUACGAACCAGAAGUCGAUAAAAAUAGGGAAGUUCCGGAUUUAAUACUCAGACCCGAAAAACUGGAUUCAUUCGUUGUACCGGAUUCAUCCAAAGGAUGGCGGAAGUACGACUUCGAUGCGGAUCAUGUAGACAUUCCUCCGUAUGAAUUCGCCGAUCCCAUCCCAGAACCAUUUAGUGACUUGGAUCUACGGCAGAUGGCAAGGCUAAAAUGGAACUGGCGGGAUCAUACGCGCGCAAAACCGAAGGACAAUUUAGACUUGAUGUUAGACCGUUUGGUGGAGCUAGAACGUCUUCAACUGGAAACAGAGGAAUGGGAAAAUAAACGAUAUUCUCAGGUAAACCGGAAAUCAAAACGUGCUGCAAGUGCCAAGCCUUCUACACGUGAUCGCCGGUGUUGUAACAAAUGUUUACAGCCUGCGUGUACCGGGGACUGUCCCGAGAAAAAUGUGCAAUUCAAUGUAUGUGAAUAUUGUAGACAAACGUUCUGUGUAGGUUCCCAAUGUAAAGAAACAAAAUAUGAUCAACGCAUGCGCCAGCCUCGUAUUGACGAGGAAAAGCAACAACAAACUAAGUCUCUACCACGUGCUUGUAAAUCUUGUCAAUUGAAACAUAAUGCAAAACUGAUUAACGCAAAUAAUUUACUCUUAGGACGACCCAAGUCCGGAAACGCAACAUACACUCGCGGGCAAUCCUCUUUUAAACCUAAGGAUCUCAGACCUCGGCCAGAUACACCGUUGAGUCCCGAUAUUGUUAAGGACUUCGAAAAACUGGGACUUCAAACACAUCAGCCUCCAAAACCGGCGAUAUCUACACAACGGAUGCAGCGGCCGCGCAGCCGCAAUGCAAUAAUUCCGGGAAAGACAUUUUACUCUCAAAGACGAGAUUCUAUAUCAGAAAAUGAAAAAGAAACAUUGACUAAUAUAAAACGAAAGAAAAUGAGAAGCAUACGAGUUCGAAGACCUAAAACAGCUGUGUGAAUUUUAUUUAGAUAACGCAGAGUUAAUGAAAACAAAUCAAAUAUUAGCAUUUGAUAUGGAACUUUUAGGAUGAGUUCUUUAUUCACUAGUGUUGAUUAUGUUGUUAUUAGUGCUGAAUUCCUAGUAUUAUUUAUUUGUUAUCAGUGCUAGGUUCCCAAGAUCAAGAUGUAAAAUCUGAUGUUGCAUUUUGCUUCAUACGCAAUACAUGAAAUAUGAAACAAU